AUGUUCCCCCAACCAAGCUUCUAUAACCCCUUCGACCAGCCCUCGUUCACCGAUCGCCAAAUCCCGAGCCACCCGAUCUCGCCCUUUCUCGAUGGCCACGAUCUUCCCCUCAACCAAAUACUUCUCCACGGAAAAACCCUCGACGAAAAAAUAAUCCCUCCUCCCCAAAAGGCGGAAGAAACGGCUUCCGGCCACCAUCCGCCGGUGAGGAGGCCGAGAAACUGUCUUGGGGCGGUGCCGAGGCGGAGGGCCGGUAAAAAGGACCGUCACAGCAAGAUCCGCACGGCCCAAGGCAUCCGUGACCGUCGGAUGAGGCUAUCUCUCCAAGUGGCGCGCAAGUUUUUCGAUCUCCAAGACAUGUUGGGCUUCGACAAGGCCAGCAAGACAAUCGAGUGGCUCUUCACCAAGUCGAAAAGAGCGAUAAACGAGCUUUCCAGUGAAAACCCGAAUAAUAAUAAUAUUAAUAAUAAUAAUAAUAAUAUUAUUAUGUCGGGUAGUGAUAUGAAGAGCGAGUCGUUGGCCUCCGAGUGCGAGGUCGUGUCGGGAUCGGUUGAGGAGAAUCACGUGCCGUUAUUUAAACCGGAUUCGAGAACCGAUUCGAGGGAGAAGAUGAUGGUCAAAAUGCUUGGGGAGGAUUUUGUCGAAAAGUCAAACCCUAGCAAAAACGACGAAGAUGUUGAGAAACUAAGGUUUUCGAAUGGCCUGAUGAUGUUUGAGGGUGGUGAUCGGGAGUGGAAUAUCGAUAACCCUAAAUGUUACUCGAUCGAGGAUGUGGGGACGAUCGAGAAGUUUCUUGGGAGUUCGUCAAGCUCGCGUGCAUCUUAUAUCCCUAAUUAUUUCGACGGUGUAAACAAAUCUUUUUCGGGGUAUUUGGAUCCGAAUAGUAAUUUCAUGGGAUUUUUUGGGAAUUGGGAUAUGUUGAGUAACGAAAGUACGAAUUCGACUGUGUAUGGUAUCCAGAACGAUGCUGCGGUGGGAGGAAACCCUAGCUCGAUUUACUCGGCAACGACCCCGUGA